UUCUGGUUUGUUUUUACUUGAAGACGCUUACAAAUUGAACAUUAAUGGAUGGCAGUUAUUUGAAGUCUCAACAGCUUGUACAGUAUUGCUAUCCACAUGACAAUCGAUCCUGCCUCCGAGAAAUAAGAUUGUCAGCUGUGUAUGGAAUGUUGUACAUUUUGUCAGCACUUUCUGUGAUGCUAACCGUGGUGGGGAACUUACUGGUGGUCAUUUCUGUCUCUCAUUUUAAGCAGCUUCACACACCGAGCAACCUCCUUGUGCUUUCACUUGCAGCAGCAGAUUUUUUGAUUGGCAUUUUUUUGAUGCCUUUUAAUAUAUCAAAAAUCAUUGAAAACUGCUGGUAUUUUGGAGACAGAUUCUGCUUUUUCAAUGCUUUAGUCGAUUACACACUGACAUCAGUUUCUGUCAGUAAUUUAAUAUUUAUAGCCAUUGAUCGCUACGUUGCUAUAUGUGAUCCUUUACUUUACUCUGCUAAAAUUACAGUUCCUAUUGUACAGUUAUUCAUUAUGACUAAUUGGAUAUUUGCUAUGGUAUACACAUGGGCAGUUUUCUUUUUUAAGAGAUAUUACAUUUCUUUUGAUAGUGUCAGUGUUUGUGUAGGAGAUUGUCAAGGAUUCUAUGCUGAAUCUUGGGUGUUAAUGGAGUUUAUCAUUAUGUUUUUUAUUCCUUGUGCUGUGAUGGCAAGUCUGUAUUCCAAAAUCUUCUUAGUUGCAAGGAGACAUUUGAAAAUAAUUAAUUCUGUCAAUCAACAAAUUUGUACUAAAGAAUUACAUCAAAACAAAAGACCAAAAAAUUCAGAACGAAAAGCAGCAAAAACACUGGGGAUUGUAAUAUCAGUUUACUUUAUUUGCUGGGUGCCUUUCUAUACAUGCAAAAUUAUUUAUACUUACACUACUUUGCCUGUACCUAAUGUCUUCUUUAAUGUUUUGGUAUGGCUCAUUUAUUUCAACUCUGGCAUGAAUCCAAUUAUAUAUGCUUUGUUUUAUCCCUGGUUUAAGAAAUCAGUAAAGCUCAUAAUGACAUUAAAAAUAUGCAAUCUUGAAUCAUCAUUAAUUAAUUUAUUUUCUGUAAACAAUUAGGUGCAUGUUAUUUUCAUAUUUCUUAUCCCUAGUGAGA